AUGACGAAGGACUAUCAGGACAUAAACACAGUGGAUGUUGAGGAGGAGAAUGAAACAUAUAUCCGAGCCGCCCCCACGACGUUCCCUGUGAGCCGGUCAUGGACACACCAGCUCUGCCCCAGCCGACGUCUGGCUCUUAUCCUGCUGGGGCUGGGGAGCGUGCUGGCCAUCACGACCAUUGUAUUCAAUGCCAACAGUGGUACGCGGAGCUCUCAGCUGCAGGGGAUAGAGGAGACGUUCUGGAAAGUCAAUCACACCAUCACCGUGGAGAUGGCUGCCGCUCAAAGCAGAGAAAAAGACACGAUGUUGAAAACAGCCCAACUUCUGGGCUCCGUGGCAAAGAUGACUGAGGAGACGGAGGCAGCCCGGAAGCGGCUCCUGGCCCAGUUAGCCGGCUUGAGGGGCAGCAUCAGGACCGUCCACUGCAACCUGGAGGAUUUCCAGCAACGGCGAACAGGCACCCAGGUUUGCUGCCCCCCCGGCUGGGCUUCCUUCCGGACAAACUGCUACUGGAACUCCAGGGCAGGGAAGUCCUGGGAUGAUGCCAAGAAGGACUGCGAAGAUAAAGAUUCUCACCUGGUGAUCAUCAACUCCUAUGAGGAGCAACUGUUCGUAGCCCAGCGGGUGAGGCCGUGGUUCACGUGGAUCGGCUUGACCGACGCCAGUGGGAGCUGGAAAUGGGUCGAUGGGACGCCAUACACGGUCCGCCAACAGGACUGGCGUGAAGAACAGCCGGACAACUGGUACGGCCACGGCCUCGGCGGCGGGGAGGACUGCGCCCACUUCCAUGACGACGGGCGCUGGAACGACGACCACUGCUCCCGCGAGUACGGCUGGGUUUGCGAGAUGGAGGCGGGCAGUUAA